CGGGACUGGCAGCAGCAACAUAAAUAAUAUUAAGAAACAGCUUUACCCUUUCUAUUAUGCAUUGUUUGUUUGCAAGAGUGGACAUUAAACGAGUAUGUGCAUCUGUUAGUGACAUAAAGUCAGUUAUGGUGAUAUAAAAUCAUAGUAUAUAGUGUACAUUCGUUCUGACUGCAGUGAUUUGGCGCUGCUAGUGCGCGCGAGUUUUCAAAGUGGGCGAGUCUGCUGCUCUUAAAGAGGACGUCCAAGCGGCUAGCCGGAGCUAGCUUUAUAACUUACCACACAUAGUUUAAACGUUUCCGCUUUGCCUAAAACUGGUGCCAACCGUUUUGUUUGCCAGCGAAUCUACAUAUUUGAUCAAACGUAUUUGGCGGAAGGGCUUCAAAGUAUGGCCAGCUCGUUUUUAAACUUUUGUCGGCCUCGCUGUUGCUAAGGCAAGCUAACAUUGCCACGCUAAGCUAGCUAGCUAGCGUCAGUGCUUUGUAAUGUAAACAGUACUGUAUGUGGCUAACUUAACUGUUAGUUGAUAACGUCGAUCAAAUAACGGAAUAAACAACCCACCUGAAGAGACGUUUGUCCCAUUCAUACAAACAGGGCACCCUGCUCUGUGAAACUCAGGAUCUGCAUCAUGUCUAUUGAUUUUGAUAGUGCUGCUCUUCAGACACAGCAUGAUGAAGAGGAAUACGACCAAGAGGACUAUGCAAGGGAGCAAGAGCUGCACAAAUUGCUUACAGACCUGCCCGAUGACAUGCUCGAGGAUAGCAGAGACUCCUCCCCAGAGCUGGAGUGCUCUACCUGCAGCAAUAAAAACACUGGUGGCAGUCCAAAGUCCACAUGGACACAGCAAUGGUCCGAUCAUCCAAGGCCGACCUCUCAUGAACAGAACUAUGAAGAUGACUAUGAUCAACAUGCUGAUGAUGAGUAUGCUUAUGAGGAUGGAGCAGUUCAGAUCAAUGGACAUCACCCUCAAAGUCAACCUCUGCCUCACACCUGGAACCAGGAUCAUCAGUUCAACCAGGGAGAUUAUACAUACACCAGCAUGGGCACAGAAAAAUCUACAGAGACCAAUGAUUUCUCCGUAGACGAGUAUGAGUCCAGACCGUACCCUCAAGGCACUAAUAAUGCUGUAGUUUAUAAUGGAGAAGGAGGACGCAGAGACAAUCAAAACUAUGGGGACCACAACAACGGCAGGAACCAUUUUCAAGUGAGUGGAAAUUUAAAGUCUACACAGUUGGAUAGAGGAGUGGAUCACCAUCCUGCCCAUCAGCCAAAGAUGUUUACCUCACAGGCCGUUCACCAAGACGGUCAAUUUGACCAUCUGCAAAGAGAAUUCCUUGACUCAACACAAAAAACGGCUGAUAGAGAGCAGCUUGCCCAGCUCCAGAUUUUAAACAAGGCUCAGCAGAGGCAAAUUGAAGACUUGGAGCGAAAACUGGAGGAUUCGAAGCGUAAUAUGAGAUAUAUCGAGCAUCAGCUUGCAAUUGCCAAAGAUGAAAAGGAUGGCCUAGCCGUGAGUCUAAAGGAAUCAAGUCAACUGGUUGAAGAGGCCAAAGGGAGAGAGGUUCAAAUGCAAAACAAAUUGAAGGCACUGGAGCAGCAAGUACAGGUCCUGGCUGAGAGAGACCAGGAGAACACAAAGAAGCAGAGGGUGGCAGAGGCUGCAGUGGACAGCAUGAAGCAGCAGAUGUUGGAGCUUUGUCGCUCCGAUACCCUGUCCAAAGCGCGGCAGCAGCAUGACAGAGACCUUGCCAUCAUAAAGGAGCAGCAUGAGGCUGCACUGUUGACACUGGAGCAGAAGCUCGACUCCACAGCUCAGGCUCUGAGUGAACAGAUUGAUGUUGGUCAGAGGUUACGAGAGCAGGUGAAGCAGCUGGAGCGCCAGAGGGAGGAAGAGCAGCUGGAGAGAGCCAGAGUUGUUAACGCCCUUACUCAGCGUCUGGAAGAGAGUCAACAACAAUGUGCUAAACUGCUGCAGACGAGUGCAGUGCAGGAGAUGAGUCAGAUACAAGUCAAACUCCAACAGGCUCAAUCAGCCAAAGCACUGAGUGAAAACAUGAACAAAGUGUUACAGGAGGAUCUGGCUGAUUUGAAGGAGCAGAUCACUCUGUAUGAAUCUGCUGUGAAACACGGUGUCAUUGCUUUAGACCUGAGCACUGACUGGGAGAGCCAGCUGUCUGAAUCCUGUGUGGAUUUAGGAUUAAAGAAAGUAAACAGGAAGAAUGGCUCACUUCACAGAACUGCCCUGGCUAAUCUGUCGGACUCGAAGCUGCCCAAAGAUGAAGCUUUGCGGCUGCUGCGAGUGGAGAUGCAGCGCUGUCUGAGUAGCUUGAAGGGGAAGCGGCAGAAGAUCAGUCAGCUGCAGGAGGAGCUCCAGCUCAGUCAGGGUCAGGUGAACGAGCUGCAGACCCAGUUGGAAGAAGCCAAGCUCUGCUCUUCGGUCAGAGAGACGAGUCAGAUGAAACAUCUAGACAUAACUGGAGAGUCUCAGAAAGAGUUUAUGAGACUACAGGAAGACAAACGACACUUGCAGGAACAAGUGGAGGUGUUAGAGAAGAAGAACACGGAGCUGAGACAGAGUGAGGAGAAGGUGAGGUCUGCCAACUUGGAGCUGUGCACCAAGAUGAGGGAGAUGAUCCAGGAACUGGACCAAGAGAAGCAGGAGGCUGCUCAGAGAGCUGAGAGGAUUCAUCAGCAGUACAGGGACGACGUGGUGGACCGGGUCAGAACCGAGCUCAUGCUGGAACACGAUGCUCAAGUUGAACAGCUGACUGCACAGCAUCAGCAGCAGGUCCAACAGUUACAGACCCAGCUGUCUGAGGCCAAUGAUAAGAUUUUGGGUGUGCAAGAGUGCUACAUAUCCGUCUGCACGGAGAAGGACAUGCUUGAAGAAAGCAUCCGUAACAGGGAGAAGGAGGAAGCUUUGAUCAGGGAAAAUGAGCUAAAGAUGAGAGAAGAGAGUGGCACAGCUGUGGAGAAGCUACGGGCUGAGCUUGAGGCGCAGCAUCAGGCCUCAAUAAACCAGCUCAAAGCUCUCUGGUCCAAACAAAAGGAGGCUGAGAUCCAGCAGCAGGUGAACUCUCAAGUAGCUUCGGCCAAGGCUGCUUGGAAAGAGGAAUUGAAACAGAUGGAGAAGACCUGGGUCCAGAGGCUGGAGGAGGCCAGAACAGAGAGGCACAGAGAGACUGCUGAGGCAGCCUGUCAGACAGAUGAGACUGAUGCCAGCAGUGUGACAGUUACCGCUGAGGAGCUGGACUCCCGGCUCAGCGCCCAGAAACAGCAGCUGCAACUAGAAGCUGACAAAGUCAAACGCAAAGCUGUGGAGGAAGCCAGGAAACAAGCCCAGAAAGAGCUGCGCGAGAAACACCUGGAGGACAUGGCCAAACAGGUUGAAGGUGCUGUAACGAGGGCCUACAAUCGCUGGAUUGAGGAUUUGACUUCAUUACCAGAAUACCAAACCUCUCUCCAAGCAGAGAGGGAGAAAUGGGAAGAACUUCUAGAAAAACACACAGAGCAACAGGUAUCCCAGGCCCUGAGGAACGCAGAGGAGCAGUGGCACAAGAAGCACAAGAACCAGCUGGAGGAGCAGACCUCUGAAACACAGAGGGUGGAGGAGCUCCAAGAGGAGGUGGCAGCUCUACAGAGUCAGCUGGAGCAAGGAAGGAGAGAGCAAGCUGCCCUGCUGAAGGCUGAGCUGGCCGGAGCCAGAGCAGCCUGGAACCGAGACAAACAACAGGAGAUCUCUGUCAUCCAGGCCCGCACUGAGAAGGUGUACCAAAGCAGGCUGCAAGAGCAGCGCAGAAACCUGGAGCAGGCUUUGCAGCAGACCAGGGAGGAUACUGACCUCCACAAUAAGGAGCUGCUCCUACAGAUGGAGGCCAAGAUACAGCAGAAUCUGAGGGCCCGAGAGGAGGAGUGGAGAAGUCAGCAUGCAGAGAAGGAGCAGGCCCAGAGACAGCGGGUGAGAGAUGAAUUACUAGCAGAGCUUCAAACUGGUUUGGCCAAGGUCCAGUCACAACUUCUCAGGGAUCCCAGAACAGAUCAGUGGGGCACUGAAGACACCAAGAGGACCAGCGGGGCCACAUCAGAGGGCACAAUAAUGCACAUCAUCCAAACAUCCUGCAAAGACAUGGUCAACAGAGCAGUAUCUCAAGCCAAGAAGGAAUGGACGAAAAUAAGUGAGGAGAGACUAAGCCGUGUGUUGAAAGAAACGCAGGAGCAGCAUGAGAGAGAAAUCGACAAAAUAGAAAGCUCUGUGACGCAAAGGAAGGAGCAGGCUCGCUGCAGGACGGAGUGCGCUGAGACUUUAGGUAAGCUGCAGAAGAAGAACCAGGAGCUCCAGAGACACUUGGAGAAAGCCUGUCGUCAGCUCCAGCACAGCGUUCGAGAGCACAAAGCAGCCAUGCAGCGUCUGAAAGAUGAGCAUGAACGCAGCUUACAAAAGUUAAAGGAAGGACACCUGCAGCAGCUAGAGGAGGUGAAGAGAACCCAAGAAUCCUCAGGUUCUGAUCACCAACAAAAUGUCCAGCAAGGCCUCGAGGAGAUGAAGCAGCAAUACCUGAUGACUGUGGAAAAGAUCAGAGGAGACAUGCUGCGUUACCUUCAGGAGAGUCGGGAGCGAGCAGCCGAGAUGAUCCACAUGGAGGUGCAGAGGGAGAGGCAGGACACUGCCAGAAAGAUGAGGCACUAUUAUCUGACCUGUCUGCAGGAGUUACUGGAGGACGGAGGAAAGACUACAGGGGCUGAGAAGAAAAUAAUGAAUGCUGCAAGCAAGCUGGCAGCCAUGGCUAAAGUGCUGGAGACGCCUUUAAAAAGUAAAUCUGGAAAGAACUUCAGUUUACAAACUGACUGCCUUCCAGGAAGAAACGCAGGUUUCACCAAGAACCAGUCAACACUAACUGAGCUCCCUGACAUGAGGCCAGAGGGAAGAUCCAACAGGGAAAAGUCCUCCGCUGAUUCAGAACAAAAACAAACUGCUGCAGCAAGGACAAAACCUCUGAGUCACCAGGACAUUUCUGCAUCUGAGGAGGCGGCCUCAGUAGAUGCAGCGCUGAAACCCCAAACUGCUGCUCACACACACCUCUACUCUUACAAACCUUCCCAACAGAUUGCUUCUCCAUCCCAGGUCGAGUUUGUCAACGUGUCUGUGAGGAGUAAGAGCAGGGAGAUGUACCUGCAGGGAGCAGACAACUGCAACGACUCAGAGCGACAGAGCAAACCAUUCCUCAUCCAGGAGGCUCCUGUCAGAGACGAGAGAAGGAAUGACUGGAGCAUGACCAGUUGUGACUCAGACACUGGCUUCCAUGUUUCUUCACACUCUUACUCAGGGAGGAAAGUAGAACCAGUGAAGCCCUUUUCCGUCUCCGCCGCAUUCGCCAGUGACUUAGGAGAGUUUGCUGGCCUCACUCCGGAUGUUUCUGACCUUACUGUUUAUAAUGAAAUUGCCAAAAACACACCCCACACCCAGACCUUGAACUUGCAGCAUGCAAAGAUGGGUACACACAGAGAGCCCACCCCUGGCUCUGACGGUGAGAAGCAGCAUGGAGUUUGUUUCAGGCCUCUGUUCUCUGAGUUGAGACAACGCCAGCAGGACAGCGGCUUUGACAGUCCGUUCUACCAACAAAAAUGACCAAGUGAAGGGCAGGUAGGAAGAGAAGUUAGGAGGCGAGCUUGGAAAUGACUUGAGGAUUUCAGUUAGCUCACCAAAUAGUGCCUUUAAUACAGUGUAUAAAGUUUACACGAUGUAGGACCUUUGCCUUCAUAGCUUGUUAAAGGAAUAGUUUUACAGAGUUGUGUGAGUUGGGCAUGAGUUGGGUGAAAAGAUUGAUAGCACUGUCAUGUCUGUAUAUUGGGUAUAAAUGCUAGACACGGCCAGUUCGCUGUUAACAGCUUGUCUCUGUCCAAAGGUAAUAAAAUCCACCUAUUAGCACCUCUAGCACUCACUCAUUAACAGAUUACACCUCUUUCCUUUGAUCCAUACAAAAACCAAAGGGUCAAAUUACAACAGUAGUUUCAUGUUAAAUUAUAUGCUGGACAUUUCCAGGAGUAUUGUUGUCACUGUGAUGUUGCCAGGCAACCAGUAGAGACUGCCAAGAAAUGGAAAACAAAGGAGAUCUAACUUGUAAAUGAACAUUGUUGAGGUUUAGAGUUACAGAUGGGUCGAUUGUGUUACCUUGGGACAGAGCCAGGCUCGCUGUUUCCACUUUUGAUGCCAAGUGAAGGGAAGCGUACCUUCCAAACCCUGACAAUGACACGAUAGUGGCAUCAAUCUGUUCAUCAAACUCAACAAGAAUGCGAGUUAGUGUUUUUUAUAUUUGAGUAAAGCUGCACAUUGAAGCAAAAGUGUUGAGUUUUAUAGCCAUUUUUGGGGAAAGAAGCAGUGGCUACAUUUUGUACCUCUCACCUCAGGUACACCACAGAGCUCUAUAAAUAUUUGCUUGUUUCUUUUGGCCUCAUACACUCCUUUUCAACCUUUCAGUCUAGCUGUAAACACGCAGCUGCAGGUCUUGGAUCUAAAGCUCAGCGAGGCCCUCAGCAGUAUUAUCUUUGUCUAUUUACUUUAAUAGAUAAGGUGUUUCUUCUGCAGUUGCUUGGAAGUGACUCCCAUCACAGAGAGCGCUUUGAAAAAAAAUGUUUAUAGUUCAGAAGUCCCAGCUGUGCCUCGAAUGAUCCCGGCACCUUAUUGUACCCUGAACUAGACCAGUCAGUGCUGGUGCAGGUUCAAGCUCAUAUCAGUCUUCUGAGUUCUGUUUCCUCUCUGUCUGAGUCCACUGUGCCUUUGCUUUUAUAUUUUUAAAAUAUUUUAUAUCACAUUAAUGAAAUAUGCUGUGCAUAGAUUGUUUUUUUAUAUAUAUAUAUUUAUUUCAUUUUAAUAAAUCAUUUCAAUAUAAAUUAAGGAAGAAUCAUUUGUCAUGAGAGCAGAGCCUUUACUGGAAAUCAUGUUAAAGAAAGUAGUUUAUAUCAGAGAUUACUUUUGGUAAAUACAGUCCUACUUACUUUAAUUUAAACCAUUGGAGGACAGUGAACUCAUUGUCAUGUUCAAGAAACCAGUUUGAGAUGAUUUGAGCUUUGUGACAUGGUGCGUUAUCCUGCUGGAAGUAGCCAUCAGAAGAUGGGUACACUGUGGUCAUAAAGGGAUGGACACGGUCAGCAACAAUACUCAGGUAGGCUGUGGUGUUUAAACCAUGCUCAGUUGGUACUAAGGGGCCCAAAGUGUGCCAAGAAAAUCUCCCCCACACCAUUACACCACCACCACCAGCCUGAACCGUUGAUACAAGGCAGGAUGGAUCCAUGCUUUCAUGUUGUUUACACCAAAUUCUGACCCUACCAUCUGAAUGUGGCAGCAGAAAUCCAAACUCAUCACACCAGGCAACGUUCCAAUCUUCUAUUGUCCAGUUUUGGUGAGCCUGUGUGAACUGUAGCCUCAGUUUCCUGUUGUUAGCUGACAGGAGUGGCACCUGGUGUGGUCUCCUGCUGCUGUAACCCAUCUGCUUCAAGGUUCAACACGUUCAGAGACGGUCUUCUGCAGACCUUGGUUGUAACCAGUGGUUAUUUGAGUUACUGUUGCCUUUCUAUCUUCUUGAACCCUCUGGCCAUUCUCCUUUGACCUCUGGCAUCAACAAGGCGUUUUCACCCAGAGAACUGCCGCUUGCUGGAUACUCAGACCAGCCCGUCUGGCACCAACAACCAUGCCACGUUUAAAGUCACUUAAAUCACCUUUCUUCCCCAUUCUGAUGCUUGGCUUGAACUUCAGCAGGUUGUCUUGACCAUGUCUCCAUGCCUCAGUACUCUUGAGUUGCUGCCACAUGUUUGGCUGAUUAGUUAUUUGUACCUAAUAAAGUGGCUGGUGAGUGUAUAAAAUGUCUUACAUUUUAAACCUGUAAAAACUGGAGCCAAGUUGAGUUUAAAAUGUAGUUCAGAGUGUGUGUGUGUGUGUGUGUGUGUGU